AGCAGCGCAGAAAGACCCGCUGUACCGCGCCCACCCUGCCAGCAGCUGCCGCAGCAUGUGCGUCCUCCCCGCCGAUUCGUUACAUCUUAUAGGACGAACAAUAUGUGGAUCGAAUGGACAAUGGGAUCACCGUAGGAGGGCAUACCAUCAUAACCAUGGCAGGGUUUGGGAACAGAUUUCCGAUGCGACGCUGCCUCACCUUUGCCACGGGUCUGGUGGAGUGUCUGUGUUUCGCUGGAGCUGUGUUUGGAUGGGCUUCACUUGUUUUUGUCCUGAAGAUGGAGGGCUACUUCAGCUCUCUGUGCGUCAACACCACAGGAGUCAAUGCAACGCAAGUGUUAGAUUGCAGUGGACAGGAUGAACAGUUCUCGCUUGUUUUCACCAUCGCCUCCUUUAUGAACAAUUUCCUGACGCUGCCCAAUGGUUUCAUCUUUGACUGGUUUGGUACUACAGUGGCUCGGCUCUUUGGAAUAUUUCUUUACACCAUGGGUACAUUAAUGGUGGCUUUCGCAACCCCAGCUUUGUCCAACCUGCUCUUCCCAGCUCUCUCCUUUCUGGCAGUGGGUGGCGUCAUGUUUCUAAUCACCAACAUGCAGGUAGGAAACCUGUUCGGCUCACAUCGCUCCACCAUCAUCACUCUCUACAACGGGGCCUUCGACUCUUCCUCAGCACUCUUCCUCGUCAUCAAGCUGUUAUACGAGUCUGGCAUCUCUCUCCGUGACUCCUUCCUCUUUCUGUCUGCCUGCGGCAUCAUUCACCUGCUCAGGACUUUCUUCCUGCUGCCCAGAAACUUCAUUCCCUACCCGCUGCCUGAUCACUACACAUACGGGAAAUGUUGUGGUAAAUCGGAGACAGAGCAGACAACAGCGAAUGAUAACGCAAAGAGGACGAUUGAGGAAACGCCAUUCAGCGACAAGGACGUCCCUUUGAAACAAGAGAAGAGUUUCCGUGAGUGUUGUCUGUCCUGGCUCUUUGUGUGGCACCUGCUUUGGCUGUCGGUGAUGCAGCUCAGACAUUACCUCUUCAUCGGCACCCUCAACCCCAUGCUGCAGCGGCUCACGGCGGGAGAGCCUUCGCUGGUGAGCCAGUACAUCAACGCCUUUGCGAUAACGCAGCUGUGUGGCGUGCUGUGCGCUCCCUGGAACGGUCUCCUCAUCGACAGACAAAAGGGCAAACAUCGUGCUGCAGGAGAGAGUGAACAUGAGGCAGACAUGCGGGCCAUGGUGCUUUCUCUCUUCCUGACAGCACUGCAGUGUGUGAUGUUCUCAGUUUGUGCCUCCACCCCAUACCUGCCGCUUCAGUACCUCACCUUCAUCCUGCAGGUGCUCAACCGCUCCUUCCUCUAUGGCGGCAACGCAGCCUUCAUCAGUCUGGCUUUCCCAUCAUGCCACUUUGGGAAGCUGUAUGGUCUAGUCAUGGCUCUAUCUGCAGUGUUUUCUGUGCUGCAGUAUCCCUGCUUUGCCCUGGUGAAAGGAGCUCUGCAUGGAGACCCUUUAUAUGUGAACAUUGGUCUGACGCUGCUCAGCCUGCUUGCCUUCAUCAAUCCGCUCUCAGUCUACCUGCACUGUCGAAGUCAUGCCUCCAAGCAAGCCAAGAGCAAAGCCUCCUCUUAAAGUCUGUAAAAUGAGAGCAACGAAUCGCACUUAAAAUGUCCUUAAUAUCACCAGUGAGACUGUUACCUCUUCAGUUUGUCUGAUUGAUAGCGCUCGUAUGGCUGCAUUGCGUUGCCAUAGCCAAAUUGAAUGUAUCCACAAUAAUUCAGAGCUUCUGGUGUGCAGCCUGCUGCAGGUGACUCUCUGCAUAACCCUUUACCUCUUGUGAGAUUUCCCGGAUACGUCAUUUUAGUUUCACUGAGUGAUCCAAUCAUUUUAAAGCAUCUCAGCAUUUAGUUACAAUCAAACACAUGGUGCUAAUGAGCUUUUUGGAAACCCAGCUUUAGCAACUGUUAGCUUUGCUUGUUUUGUUUACAGUUCAAAUUCCUUGUGCUGGUGGCUAUAAUUAUACUUUGACUGUGACGUGUCUUAUGUUUCUUGUUUUAUGCAAUCUUACAAUUUAACAUUAUAUUCUUGCCAUUUUUUAUAUUCUGUGUAACACUAGCCACCUAUCACACCAUGGUUAUGGUGGUUUCAAUGUGCCAAUAGAAAACACACUUUAUUGUCAAAAGCUGAAAAUGUUACAGAUGUUUAUAUCACUGUGGACCAUUAAGGUAUCUCUCUCUAUAUAUUUUAAAACAGAGAAUAGAACCAACAAUGUUGAGUGUAGAGACUGCAUGAGGUACACUUAGGAGUCAGAGUCACAGAUAUCAGUCUGUGUUGUUUUAGUUGGACCGAUCAGUGACGCACACAGCAUAAAAACGAUAACUCAGGCUCAUUCGUUGGUGUAAAAACAGCUCAGUGAAGCCCCUCUGUCAGGACAAAGGUCCUGUUUGCUCACUAACAUGAUGCUGAUGUCUCUUCACUGAUUGCUUUACCAUGUGAGUUCAUUCAGAUACUUCGACUACAGCAGGCAACGCAGCUCUGCCACCUGCUGGCCUCUUAGUUUAGCUGUCAGCUACUAAUAUCACUAUUGUGCCAAACAUUAACCAACAGUAACAUGUGACGUCUCAUGCGUUCAGUGUGUCCAGUAGAAGAAUUUGGUGUCAUGAAGGAUUCUGUUUUUUAAUUAAAAUGUGUGUCAUACGUAAUGGUAUGUAAAACGUUACAAAAGGGAAUAUGUACUACUUUUUUUUUUUUUUUUUUUUUUAACCAGUAUGUUUAUGUUUUAGGUCGACUGUAUUUUUCAAAAGUGCCAAGUCUGGUGGAAAUUUUUCUACAAAUAUGCAAACUCUUCAUUGUGAAAAUGAAAUGUAUCUUUUGAUAUAGUGUAGGAAAGGGCAUUAUUAUUUUUUAAGUUACUUCUGCCCAAAUGUUUCAGUUCUCAGCUACUGUGAGAAGAAUUGGGUGCAACUGUAAUCUAGUAAGAAGAUAUUUUAAAAAGACCACAAAUGAAAACAACUGCAGGAACUGUACAUUGUACAUAUUGACAUACAAAUAUCCAACUAUAUUAAAAUAAACAUUAAAGUGAUAUUUAAUGUUUAUUAACCCUGAA